AUGGAUUCCAAUAAUUUAAUCGAUAUCUGUGGCAGGUCUCCGUUCGCAGAAGAGCUCCGAGGCGACCUUGAGGAGGCGAGGGACCGGCUACAGCAGUAUCGAUUCGAUGAGUCUCUGAUCGAGCCGGAGCAGCAUGCUGAGUAUCUUCGAUGCAUUUCCCUUCAUUCAAUCCUUACCGGCAGGUUGGCAUGUUCGUAUGAGAGCCUGAACAAGCUUCAUGGUCUUCUAGAACGAUUGCCUGAGGAGUGGGGGCUUCGAUGGUCAAAUUACACGAUGUUGACCCAUUAUAGCCGUCGCUAUCCACCGGGACUUCACUUCUACCAGGAGGCAGGCAAACCAAUCAGUAUCAGCAUGCUGAAGGAUAUUAUUGGCCCAAUCGAAUUAGAACAGCUUUUCAGCAAGAACUUCACCACAUACUACCCAACAGGAGCUGAGCCCGACCGGGUACUUUGCAAAGCCCUUAGCUCGAUUCUGUUUUUUCCUAUAAUGGCACGCAACCUGACGAGAAAGUUUCAUCCUCUAAGCCCUAAAGGUCCAUGGCAUACGCCAGAUGCAGAUUCGGAAGGUCAAGUUAGUCAAGUCUGUAAAGGGUUUGCGGCCCACCGAGAUAUGGCUGCGGGGAAUGAGAAGCCGGGGAUUGCAUCUUAUCUCAAUCGCCUUAUCGUCGAACUUCAACAAGCUUGUCAAUCCAAGACAUCGAGCGCUGCACUCGAAUGUCUUUCUGAAACGUAUGAGGAAAGUGGGGAUAUUGUGGGUAUGGGAAACUGCAAAAUGAUUGAAGCCGACAAUCUUCUCAGUCCUUAUUUCGCUAGCCCACUUUCUUUAAAUCUGACAGUCGUUGACCCAUCCUCAUCUCUUAUGGAUGACCCUGCCUGGGACGCCAUCGAAUUCAAUCUUCCUUUCGAUUACUCACUUAAGGCCAGAGAGUGUUACGAUUCUGCGACGACUCUAUUUCAGAAAGCUGGCUGCAAACGAGGCCAAGCAGCUGUACUACUCCGAGAAGGUUGCUGCUUGCAUGUCUCGGCAAUCCCACUGCGGAGGACGAAGCAGCAACGAAUUGACUUGCUAGAGAAAGCCGAACAGAAAUUUCAGGAUGCCCUGAUACUUUUUGGGGCAGAUGAGGCAAACGUCCAAAUAGUCAAAAUCCAUCAAACCCUGCUAGCGAUCAGCAGAGGAAAUAUGAACGCAUUUCAAGUAAAACAUGCCGGCAAAUUAAUUGGACAAUGGGGCGUUGAUGCAAUGAAUGAGAACUUGGUCCAUUUCCUUGGGCUUCUGGUAUCCCGGUUCGCACUUCAGGAGUGGCGGAGAUUCUCGCGCCUUGAUUCGUCGUUACUCGCUUGGGAAUUCGCGGAAGCAAUGUUUGAGGCUCUUGGGGAUACUUUUCCUAUGUUCCAAACUUUGGUCUGUCAAGCAUCAAUGCAGAAUGAGGUUUUCAACUCAUCAGCGUCACGCAUUCUCAUUGAAAAGGCUAUCUCUAUGUUUGAGGUGAUAAGUGACUAUUAUGAGGCAAGAAUAACGCUCGCUCCAGAUACAAUAGCCGGUAAUAAUGAUAGAAGCACUCUUCUGAGUCGUAAAUUCAACACAAUUUGGACGUUCAGCAUGAAUGUGGGUAUUGUUUAUCUCCGAGUGGGGGAUGCUAUUGCCUUUGCCGAAUGGCAAUCGAGGCUCGAAGAUUUCAUUCAACACGACAGAAGUUCUCAGACCAUGCGGGACGGAUCACAACCGUCUAGCUUUCGUUCAUCAUUUGGUCAUCAGUAUCGCUCGAGAACAGAGAUUUGGGAGAAGGCGAUGGCGCAAGAUUCUAUGAAAGUGAAAUAUGCGUCAGCUGAUCUUGAGUUCCAUCGCAAUUUAGACGAAGGGGACAUCGAAAAGGCAGAAAGUGCCAUCCAUCGAUUUUUAGAUGACAAUAGCGAAUUGGAGCGUGUGCCCAUGAGAUACUUCUACUGCAUAUUAGCUUGCGACCGCAUUGGAGAUUCAACCAGAGCUCGUUCGAUAUUGGACAGUAUUGAUGACGAUUAUCUGUUUGACGGCAGGUUGACGGACCUUGAAGAAUCGUUCAAGGUUGAUGGCCCAUCCUGGAGGACAGUGUCAACCAUUGCACAAAAUGCAGUCACAUGCAGCAUUUAUGCCCAAGACUGUGAGAGAGGUUAUCGACUGGUCAAUAUGAUCACCAGAGCUUCCCCAGACUUUUUCAACCGUCCAGUCGAGGGCGCUUCUGAAUCAGCUUUUCGACUCGCUCAUUAUGGAACAAUCAUGAUGGAAAAUAACUCCCCAGAGCUAGCGUUUUCUUCCCUCCUCCAAGCCUGUGAAAUGAUUGAGCUUCGUCGAUCGCAGACCAUUGAUGUGGAUGCCCGAAUGGGGAUUCCAAUGGCAGGUUGGCAAGGUGAAGUUUAUCUCAAUUUGGCGCGUCUAUGUCUUAGAUUUCGUGACUCCAUCGUUCCCAUUGAUGUUAUGGAUCGUUACGAACAUGAUCAUCCCGAAGAUAUUUCUUGGAACGAACAUGCGCUACUGUUCACGGAAGCUGGAAGGGCACGUGCUGUCCUCGAUUCCUUGCACAUUCAGCAUAAUCAACGCGAGCUAGUCGAGCCCAGCAGUGCCUGCAUACCCAAGGCCAUUCAUAAGCUCAGGACACUUCGAUCUCUACUUUCUCUUCAAUCUCCAACUCAAGCGGAAAUUGUCGAGAUCGCCGAGCUUCAAGAUGAAAUUCAGGAGUUGGAACAUAACGAUGCGAUAUCUCCUGCGUUGAGCUUUAUUGACGAGGCCAGUACAACGAUUGACCCUCGAUUGAUCUAUCAGAGUAUUCCCGAUGAUGCAGUUGUCAUUCAAACAACGUUCGGGGCUCGGGGGUUUAUUGCAUUUGCUGCAACCAAAGACGGUAUUCAACAUGUGCAGCAAGGACCAAUUAGUGUAAGCGACAUACGCAGGCCUGUGAUGAAGUUCAUGCAAAUCACGGGGGAGAUUGCUCAAUCCACGGGCGAGGCAAACAAUGAGCGGAAGAGAAUCCUCGAUGAGCUUUCUCGGCAUAUAUCUUCGGUCUUAGUAGCACCAUUCUCAGCUAUUAUUCGAUCCAAACGGAAUAUCAUAUUUUCCUGCUCGGAGCCCUUGACAGCAUUCCCUUUUUCAGCACUCACCUUCGAUGGGAGGCCCUUGGUCUUGCAUGCUGUCAUCUCUUACAUCCCAAGCAUGACUGUUCUUUUCUUCUUAUCCCAACGCAUGUCGGCAGCAGAAGCGCGAGGUGUUUCUGUGUUCGCUAAGUCACCGAACGCCAACCCGCCAGAAGGAGAUGAAUCCAACACGCGAAAGGAAAGCAAUGGGGUCAACCUACAUAUGGCGGCAAUUGAGGCAGUUAGCAUUGCCCGCAUGUUUGCGACUUGGCCAGUCGAAGCAUCCAAUCUGUCCAGACAGGAGUUCUGCGACUACAUGGAAGCUGAAUCCUCGAUCAUUCAUAUCGGAACUCACGGCUACAUUGAUCCUCGGAACCCGCUUCUCUCCUCGAUUUCGAUUGGUCAGAAUUUCCGCGUCUUAGACAUGUCUACUAUCCGAAGUAGAGCUCGUUUGCUGGUUUUUGCCGCCUGUCUAAGUGGAUUGGGCAAAGCUACUCCUAGCACAGAUGUUUUGGGCUUCUCGCAUGUUGUGCUCAGCAGUGGCUGUCAAGCCUAUAUUGGCACACUCUGGGAAGUUAGCGAUCUAGCGUCGAUGAUAAUAAUGACUCUCUUUUACAGAUAUCUGAAAAGCAAUGCGAAAAUGUCUACUGCUGAGGCCAUAAGGCAAGCUCAAGUUGAAUUUAUGCAGCUUGACUGUGACCGAGCUGAAGAGCUUCUGACUAGCAUGCUAGAAGACUGGACUGCCCCUGAUGAGAACGGCAAUUUACCCGAAGACUUUGUACCCGAUCAGGAAUUUAUUAUGUCUACUUGGAAGAUGACUUUGUCGCAAAUUGAUUGGUCUGACCCUUACUAUUGGGCAUCUUUUAUGUUGAUCGGUUAUGGUGACCUUCGAUUUCAGCUUGCAGAAUCUAUGUCAAAUUCGUGA